AAUGAAUCAAACAAAAUGACAUAAAUCUACCUGAAUGUCGCUAGUAACAUUGAUUUUGAUUUUGCACUAUAAUAAUUGAUGCUCAUGUGGUUAUGUUCCUCACUCGCAAGCGCAACCGCGAAAAUUGACAAACAAAAAGUGCAUGGACAUAAGCUCCUGGGUACAAGAACUUGGUUGUAAAGUCCCCCACGAGAUGCAGCUGAGCAUCGCUAGCAAAAUGAGUACACACGUGAAGCCUCCGCUGCACGCCUUGUUCGCAAAACAAAAAAGAGGCUCGAAGAUACGUGGUGCAGAGAAUCCGAUCCGGUCUCUCUCGAGGCUGGGAAGUCCGAUCGAUGUGCGGAAUUCGCGGUGGCAAUCAUUUUCCAGUUCGUCCGCAGUUGUUGAGCCCGUAACCUCGAUAGAGCCGGAACGACGACCGCAGCAGCCGGAUCCUGCGAGGGCAGCACUUCCCACCCAGCACGCUGCGACAUCUUCUACGAGAAGACUUUCUACGCAUGAGCGAGAAACCGAAACGGCGGUUGUCACCGGCGAGCGCCAGGACGCCGGACAGUCUAUCGCACAAAGCAAGAAGAUAGAGGCGGAUAUUGCGAAGUACAUACUUGCUAGCCAUGGUCGGGCGGUCGAUGUCGAAGUGAUUAAUAAAGACCACAGCUCACAAAAAAGUCCAACUUCGGAUGGGGCUGAAACGUCUAUUACCAGUAGAAGCGAAAAUGAUGAACCUAUAUCGAGCAGAAAGGCGAUAGAACGAGAAAGAAAUGCCGCGGUGGAUCUUGCACAUUCGUCGGGCAUACCCGGCGUCGCACAACGACCAAAACGGUCAAAACAAGAGCGAUUAGCGCGACAAGCUCAAGCACAGGCCGCCCGCGACAGCGCAAAAGCCGACUUUGCUCGGGCGCAGACUUUGUACUACGUGAAAAAUGCAGCCUCGGGACUCGUCAGCUUCGCCACUGGCUAUGGAAUGCUACGCUUCCUGGAGCACGGAGGCAUUAUUACGUCGGAGCAUUCGCCAGCGAACGAACCUACGCAAGACUGAUAAAUUGCAUGAUCGAUGUUGAGUGAUGUUGUAAGAACACGACCUAGCCGUACCGAAAACAAACGGGGAUGAUCCGACACUAGCCAGAAGCUUACCACUGCCAUACUCCUGAACGCAAAGAUCAUGAAAUUGGGUCAGAUCAGGGCAUCGAUUUUUCGUUUCGGUUUUCUUUGCUGCGUGUGGAGAUGAACCUCUUUCCUGCAUCUGCUUCGUUGUUUCUAUAACUUUUUUGUUUCAUGAUGAACGCCUGCAAUUAUAGUGGUAAAUGAUUUCGCUUCUUUACCACGGUCAUCCUCUGUUGUCUUCGUCUUGCCAGUGUCACCGCAGCUUGUUGUCUGCUUGAGGUUGCAUGUUUUGUUAUAGACCACCAGCUGCAUUAUAAACAUUGUGGCUUUUCUUGCAAAGCACGAUGUGGAGCACCAAACGCUAACGCAGACAAGAGCAAUACCUGCACUUACUUCAUUUCAU